CCGCUUGCUAGAGCAUCGUCAACUCCAUCUUCCUGCCGAAGCUCCAUUUCGCCAUCCGCAAGCUCACCGGCCACCUCUUCAUCCUCUUCUCCUCCUGCGUUUACUUCGACAUCACCGAGAUCGACGAUGUCAACACCAACGAGCUCUGCAACGCUGUCCAGCUCUACCUCUCCUCCUCCGUCUCCAUCUCCGACACCCGUCUCUCCCUCACUCGCGUCGUCAACUCCUCUGCCGUCACCUUCGGCCUCGCCAACGACGACUCCGUCGUCGACUCCUUUAAUGACACCGCCGUCCUCUGGGAGCACGUUAUCUCACAGCGCCACUCCCAGACCUUCUCCUAGAACCCCUUGCCCGACGAGAAGCGUGGAUUCACUAAUAUUUUACUCUUGA